AUGCUGCUAAAAGGGAAACCUUCUACACGUUCCAGAGGUCGGAGUAUUACUCCUGAUAUUCAGCCUGUUGAAAGUCCUGACACCUCCAUUUACAAGCCUCAGUUUGUAUCUCCCACUGCUCAAGCUAAAUGGUCCACCAUGGUCAGGAGACAUCUGAUUGUCCAAAGAUCUGUUGAUGAAAACCAGAUGAAUUCAGUUUGCGACAUUCUACCACUGCUGAGUGAAGUCGGCUUGCUGAAGACAGUCUCCGCUAUCUGCCCAUAUUCUAAGCUGGUCACGUAUGAAUUCGAUUGUAAUCUCAAUGAUGAGAUAGACAAUUUGUCUGGGGUGCGUCCAUUGCAGAUUUUCUUUCGAGGGAAAUGGUAUGUUUUUGGCCCUGACAUGAUUAAUAAGUAUUAUGGUCUGCAAGGAGUUCAAGAGGAAGCAAUUACUAACUGGGAUUUAGUGGCCAAAACGAUCACUGGUGGACAAGCUGAUAGAUGGCCUACUGGUGAUAAGGAUGCUCUACCUAGCUCUCAACUCACCUCCAAGUAUGUUAUUAUCCACCGUCUUGCGCUGCACAACUGGCUCCCUUUGGCCAGUCUCUUGUUCAGAAUUGGCACAAAGAUGUCCAUUGAUCUGGGGUCGUGGAUUUACUAUCACAUUCUCACAAUGAUUCACCCAAGAGAACAAAAGGGCCUUGAGCCUACGGCUAGUGAGGUGAUCAAUCCGACACUUCUCUAUACGGUUGACCGACGUCUCUUGACUGGAGAUCAUAUCUGUGAUGUUACACCGGUGAUUGCCCCCUCCAAUUCUGAAGCUGAUAUAAUGGCGGAUGAUUUUCCGCAUGCAAGGAAUCUCCAACUUUCUAUCCAGUUGAAGGCCAGAGUCUCUGAGCUCGAGACGGUUCAUGGCAUAAUUGCAAAACAGCUGACAGGGGCUCGCACAGAAUUGGCCACUAUUCUUCUUCGUUUAAGCCUGUCUGAGGCUGUUGCUGCUGAACCUGCAAAGUCUGACAGUGAGACUCUCUCCAAUGCUUGA